AUGUCACGACCUCUGCCGGCCUUACCUCCCACAAGUGCCGUACCGGCGUUGACCGUCGACGCUAAAUCGCAUCUGAAGAAUAUAAUACACUAUGCGAUUACUUGUCGUCAGCUGAGCGCUGCUUGGCUUCAUCCAGUGGAGAAUGCCGUCGGUCAGUUGGCGCAGUGGCUCGCUGAAUCAGACAUUUUGCACGACAUUCGCCAGUUUAGAGAAGCAUCUUUGUCUCCGAAGCAAGCAGAUCCGCCUGUCUCUGCAGCAGACGAGCUCAGCGCAUCGGCAGAUGCGUCAUUCAGUGGAAAUGGCACCCACCAGUCGAGGAUGAACAAACUCUACAAGUUGAUAAAAGAUGGAAAGAAGGGUCCAAAACACCUUCUUUUAACCGUCGCUCCUCCUCCACCUAAACACGUCUUGCUCACGGUGGCUGGCCCAAUCGGUCCGACCGUCGUUCAGGAUUCAGACUACGAGGUGAUACCCGAGUCUAUGGGUUGUCUCUUCAAACCGGGAGUAUUUCAGCUACCACUCUUUGAGGACGACACUGGAGCGCCUCGCGGCGAAGGUGGUCACAUCCUUACGGGUCUAGAACUACCGUCGAACGAAGAUGUGCAGAUUAUUGGAGGCAAUUUCCGCUUACAAGGCUUAACAAGCGUCAGCGAACACCAGAGACUGGUCGAAGUCCUCUCCAUUGGCACCUACACUAUCAUUUCUAUGAUACUCGAGCUCAUUGUACUGCGAGACUCUGGUGUUCGGCUCGUAUUUCCUCCAGAGCCCUCUCUCGAUAACCCCGUGGAGAUUUCGCAACCUUCCCCAUCUCCAAGUUCUCGAGGACGAACAAAAGCACGCGCUUCUCGUGCUAAAGAAGGACUAUGGUCAUAUAUUGCCAAGCAGUCGGAGAAUAUCUUUGGCCGCGUUCGAACGUUGUCUCAUGAUGGAUUCGUCACAUUACCCUUACCUCGGCAAAGUGGAGACUCGUCGUCAAUAUCAUCAGAGCCCCGCCUUCUACCCUUCACCGCCCUGCUGCAGGAUAUCAAGAAGGUGGAAUCCGUCCUAUCAACUACCCCAGGAGUUCACUUCCCUCCUCCUGCUCUUCUGAACGAGCUCGUGGAGAAAGAGACACGCACAGGUCGGUCAGAUUUGACUGCCAGUCAAAACACUGGACUCAGAAGCCUCCUUGGAUGGAGCGUGGACCACCAACUAACGGGACCAAAUGCGUUCCUAAGACACCAAUGCAUCACGACACUCUACUCUGAAUACGUCAAGACGCAGCCAGAGGCCUCUACGGAUGAAAGCGACACUGGGCAAGCAACAGACAAGCUUGUCCCUGUCAGCAAAGGCAUUGGAGAACUUAUCAAUACUACUCGCGAGAUAAAGAGGGAGAUGCUCCUCUGGGAGAGGUAG